AUGUGGGCAGUGUGCCUCUUGCUGCUUCAAAUGAUCACAGCCACAACGGGGCAUGUUCUGGAACCAAAUAAACUUUCUAAACCUGGGAAAGAAGUUUUCCUGAGCGACGAAGAUGCGAGUGAGUUUAUUGGCCGCAGGCUGCUGUAUAACAGCUGGGAUUUUGAGCUGGUUACACCGGGCAAUCUGGAAAGGGAGUGCUAUGAGGAGGUGUGCAACUAUGAAGAGGCCCGGGAGUGCUUUGAGGAUGACCAGAAAACUAAAGACUUUUGGAACAAGUAUCAACACAACGGGCAGGGAGGAAACUCUGGAAACUCUUCGACCAUAGAUAUCGCUGGCCUUGUGGCUGGGCUGGUAGCAGGAGUAAUAAUUCUUGUGAUGAUUGGAGUCCUUAUUAUGUACUGUGUGAGAUACAGGGCCAAAGAGAGGACAAGACAAGGGAGGCCACCAGUGAAUCUCACUAGCAAUGUACCCCUUGGGGAAUCCUUGCCGUUGACACAUCUACCUUUACCUGAACCUACAGCCCCAGGACUCCCGUCAUAUGAAGAGGCUUUAGAAGCAUCAGGCACUUACGAUGCACCUCCUCCGCCGUAUCAGAGAGGUUCCACCAGAUCGAAUCAGCCCAGCUGA